AUGAACUCCCAAAAGAUUGCCCAGCAGUCGCUGCGACGGCUCGCCGUCCAGCAGCCGUUCGCCAUGCGCUCCACCAUGAUGCGCUCCCCCGUUGCGAUUCUCGGCCAGAACAUCCAGAAGAGCUACCGAACCGAAGCCGUAUUAACGAAAGAAUCCCGAUAUAGACAAGUGACUUCAUCUCCCAACACCGAGGACCCCAAGCAGAUCCUGGUUCAGCAGCGUCUCCGUCGCCCUGUCGCUCCCCACUUGUCCAUCUACAAGCCCCAGAUCACCUGGAUCGGUAGUUCCCUGCACCGUAUCACCGGCUGCGCUCUCUCCGGCACCCUCUACCUCUGGGCCACUGCCUACCUUGCAUCCCCCGCCCUCGGAUGGCACCUCGAGUCCGCCACCAUGGUUGCUUCCUUCGGUGCUCUCCCUCUCGCGGCCAAGAUUCUCUUCAAGUCCACCCUUGCCCUUCCUUUCACCUACCACUCCAUCAACGGUAUCCGUCACUUGGUCUGGGAUACUGGCCGUGCCCUGACCAACCCUGCCAUCAUUAAGACUGGCUGGGCUGUCGUUGGUCUCAGCGUUGCUAGCGCUGUCGGUCUUGCUUUGAUUUAA